AUAUCAACGCACACUACAUGGGAGCCGCAGUAACCAUCCAUCUCCAAGAAGGCACCAGAGCAUCCAGAGCUCUAAACUCGUCGCCAAUGGUUACUUUCAGGUUCCACCAAUACCAGGUUGUGGGGAGGGCUCUCCCAUCCGAAUCCGAUGAGCAUCCCAAGAUUUACCGAAUGAAGCUGUGGGCAACUAAUGAAGUUCGCGCUAAAUCCAAGUUCUGGUAUUUUCUGCGGAAGCUGAAGAAAGUCAAGAAGAGCAACGGUCAGGUUCUCGCUAUCAACGAGAUCUUCGAGAAGAAUCCAACAAAGAUCAAGAACUAUGGUAUUUGGUUGCGUUACCAAAGUCGCACGGGAUACCACAACAUGUACAAGGAGUACAGGGACACCACCUUAAAUGGAGCGGUGGAAGCUAUGUACACCGAAAUGGCUUCUCGCCAUAGGGUCAGGCAUCCUUGUAUCCAAAUCAUCAAGACCGCAACUGUCCCUGCUAAGCUUUGCAAGAGGGAGAGCACCAAGCAAUUCCAUGACUCCAAGAUCAAGUUCCCCUUGGUGUUCAGAACUGUUAGGCCACCCACCAGGAAGCUGAAGACCACGUACAAGGCUUCAAGACCCAAUUUGUUUAUGUAAUUUGCUUGUUUGAGGAACGAGAAAAUGUUGUCAGAGUUGUCUUAUUUUGAAAUCUUCAUUAGAGAGACCUUCCUAUCACCGGUGUUUUGACGAUUUAUCUUCUUUUUAUAUGUGGGAUCAGACAAUUUUUGUUUGGGUUUAUUGCCAUGACUUUCGGUUUCUUAUGGAGGAAUAUGAUCAGCACCUUUGAGGAUGAAAUUUUUUACCCCCA